AUGACUUUCCAACAAUUGCAAGAAAACCUUCACGAAGCCAUCGAGGGUGUCAAUCGAUAUAACCCGGAAAAUGUCGGCGAUUUGGCGGCUUGUGUUCAAGCGAUGAUUAAUGAGAAUAAAUAUGAUAAGGAUAUUGUGCUCACCAUUUUGAAGCUCUAUCAAUUGAACCCAGACAAGUAAGAUUUAUCCUGAUUUCGAAGCCUAAACUGUGAUUUUGUUCAGAUACGAUGAAUCAAUUGUGCGCCAAGUCCUCCUGAAAACCCUAAUGGUUUUGCCAUCUUCAGAUUUCGCGCUAGCCAAAUGUUUGAUUGACACAAAUCGCUUAGGAUCACAGGAGCUUCGCCGAGUUUUUGACCUUGGCGCAGUUUUGGAAUCGUGUGAUUUUGCGGUUUUCUGGAAAUUGAUGAAGGGAACUUAUAAACCAACAACUAAUCCGAAUGAACCAUUCAAGGUUCCACAGGAGGUGGCGAAAAUUGUGAAAUCGGUUGUUGGAUUUGAGGAUGCGGUUAAACAUUGUAGGUUUUUUUUUGAUAAUGAAAAUCUAAAAUUUGAAAGUCUGGGUCACGCUAGGAUUCAAAAAAAAUGUUUUUUUUUCCAGACGCUUGCCGUGUGAUCAGCGUAACCUAUCAAAACAUCGAAAAAUCGCUACUAAGCCGUUUGCUCGGCGGCGCCGACGAUAAAGAAGUCCUCGAACUCGCCAAAAAAUUCGGAUGGGAAUCGAAAGAAAACGGAAAUGUGUUCUUUGUCGCCAAUCACGACAUCACCAUCAAAACUCGAAAUAUCGACGAGAAGAUCCAAUUUCAACAUGUCGCCGAACUUUUGGCCUCUUGUAGAGGACCUAUUUAA